AUUUACAAUUUACAAUUUACAACCCAGUCGUCCCAGAAAGCAAAAUCGUUGGAUUUAAAAGGUGCGGAAAAGCUGCUUAGUAGCUGUGUGUAGCGUUCCAAUCCAAUCGCUGCCUCAUUUGCUCUGCUCUACAGAACUCCUUCUCGCUCUUCUCUGUUUGGCUCCGGGGAAAAUCCAACUUUCGUGUCUGUUGUGUCUUAAUAUACAGAUUUUGGAGCUUCUUGUGUAACUGUUGAAUUUGUAAGAAUGGGCCGUGGAGUUAGCAGUGGGGGAGGGCAGAGUUCUCUGGGAUACCUCUUUGGAAGUGGUGAGGCUCCAAAACCAGCCCCUAACACUAACAGAGCUUCUCCGAAAGUGGAACAGGCCCCUGCCCCUGCUCCUGUGGCUGCUGAGCCUGUCCAAGCUGCUGCCCCUGCAGAGGGCACCCAGCAGAUCCCAGCAGGAAUUGCCGUCUCUGGCAGCAAAACAAAUAACUAUUUCCGCGCUGAUGGCCAGAACACUGGCAAUUUCCUCACUGAUCGACCAUCGACCAAGGUACACGCUGCUCCUGGAGGUGGAUCUUCUCUGGGUUAUCUCUUCGGUGAUGCCAAGAAGUGAGACAAAGUCACGAGUUGUGUCAAAGUUACUCUGCGCCCUGCCGUUAUAUUUUUUUUCCUAUCUUCCCUGAAUGAAUUAUGGGUACCUCUUUUGAUUGUAGUAAGGGCCAUGUAUACAGCUGAAUAUUUGCAUGUGUUUCCAACCUGAAAAACAGUUAGGUGUCUUUCCGUCUCAAGGCAAGUUCUCUUCCUCUUGUUGUAGAAGGGUCUACAUUUACAUCUCAUUUCUACCCUCUGGGAAGCAACUUUACAGAUUGCAAUCCCCACAACCUUUCUCAGCUUGGUUCAUAUAAUCUCUUCACCUGAUUUUGCUUAAACUGUCUGUCUUAGAACUAUGGAACAACGGCAGGGAAGUGCAGUCCGGAAAAAGGGAGGCAUGUCGGUUCAGUAGCAGCAUAAUUUGCGAUAUAUUAUAUGAUACACAAAAGUUUCUCAA